AUGGCCGUAGAGGUCCGCGGAGAGGGACUGUCAAAGGGGGGUGGUUACACUUCACUGCUAACCUGGUUUCUCGUACAGCUGGGCUUCAACAUCCGAGGAGGAAAGGCCUCGCAGCUGGGGAUCUUCAUCUCUAAGGUGAUCCCCGACUCAGAUGCACAUAGAGCUGGGCUGCAGGAAGGGGACCAGGUACUUUCAGUGAACGAUGUGGAUUUCCAGGACAUUGAGCACAGCAAGGCUGUGGAGAUCCUGAAGACUGCCCGUGAAAUCACCAUGCGCAUUAUCAGAGACAGAAGGAAAGAACUGUUCACUAGUGAACAGCUGCCUGCUGGGGCCUCUCUGGAGUGGCUGGCCUGCAAGAGCCUCCACUAACCUUUCCUCAAUAUCCAAGAUGACACAUCAAGUCUCAGCUGUCACUGGAGGUACGACUGUCCUGUUGGCUGCACAGGCAUCAGUUCUGCUUCCUGCUUGGAGCGACACUACAGAGUCUUAAUUAUCUGGAAGAUGAAUGGGGCUUUAGUCUGCACUCCUUGAAUUAGUUUUUAAAACAAGCUGCUGGUGCUGACAUGGAAGUGGGUACUGGAGGGCAGCUUUCUCUUGCAAAAUCUGUAUUUCUAAUCUAGUAGGACUUAUUUUCAAAGCGUGCUCUGCUGGUUCUGGAUCCAGCCCUUGUUUCUAAGGUGUGAGGCCAAGAAUGUCCAAGCGUGCUCAAGCAGAGCAUGGCUGUAGUUUCCAAGGGAUCAGCUGGUUCGUUUCCUUUCCGGUGACACAAAAUCCUUUCCCUCUCCAGUGUCCAAGCUCUGCUCUAGACUACUGGGUUUGCUGGGCAUUCAAGGAAGAAGAGUAAAAUCCAGUCACACUCAAAGCAUAUCUGUAGCGGUUCUGCACUGCUCUGCCAAGGCAUUGUGUUUGUACUACUUUGGUGCUUAGCAGCCCCCACAUAACUGGGCCAAGAUGCUUGGAGCAUGUUUCUAGGCUGUCUGCUGUCAGCACUUGGUGAGGUUCCUUCUGAUGCACUGCUUGUGUGUUUAAGGGUUUCACCUGCUGCAGCUGCCCCCUUCACUUAGUACAGCCUUGUCUGUGCCUUUCACAAUCACAACUCCCUGCCACAUGGGGGGGAAAUUCAUACUCCUCCCUUUCCCUGCUCCUUACACAUCUUAUCUCCUGCUGGGGUGAUUCACCCACCUGCUAUUGAGUUUGGUUGGAUGGUGGCUGUUCCACACAGAAAAGAAAAAGGCUGCUGCGCUCUUUGCUGGAAGAGCACAGAUGAAAGAAUAUACUAGCUAUCAGGAAAGCCGGGUGCAAAUGCAGGGGGGUAUACACCAUUUAGAGUAUGUGCUCAGAACAGCCCUUGCUCUGGCCUUUUAUCCAGUGCUUUCUAUUUGCCUGUCUUAACUGAAAUAAAGCUAGUACAGCAACUGGACUUCA